AUGUCUAAAAUUUCGUCCACAUUUUUUCUAUAUUUUACGCAGAAACGUUUCGUCAAUACGGUUUCUACUCCUACGUUGCCUUUAGCGUCUGUAUCCACAAUUGAAUUCCUCAGAAAUUCAUGUGGACUUCCUUCACAAUCUCCUUCUUCCGCCCGUCGAAACCUCCAAUUCGAUCAAAAAACCUCCCAGAAGUACGAAGCCAUUAUUGGUUUCUUGAAAUCAUAUGGAUUCGAGAAUCCACAGAUCGCCAAUUUGGUCUCGAGGGGACCUUGGAUUCUUGGAUCCAGGGUAUCCACCAAUCUGAAGCCUAAAUUUGAGUUCCUAGAGGAAAUUGGUGUCGUCGGUCCUUCACUUCGUAAGCUAAUUCUAUCAAGCCCAUGGAUUCUUGCCAGGAGCUUAGAUUCUCAGUUGAAACCAUCAUUUUGUUUCUUAAAGGAACUGCUUGAAUCGGAUGAACAAGUAACUGCUGCUAUUUGUCGUUCUUCGUGGCUUCUAACUUCUAAUUUCAAGGGUAAUAUGCGAUCUAACAUUGAUUUAUUGGUCAGUGAAGGAGUACCUUCUAGGGGUAUAGCGACAUUGAUUGUAACGCAACCUAGAACUAUAAUGCGAAAGGUUGAUAGAAUGAUUCAAGCAGUGAAAAUGGUUAAAGAAUUAGGCGUUGAACCAAAGGAUUGCAAGUUUGUUUAUGCACUUAGAGUAAGGGUUUCAUUGAAUGAUUCAGCUUGGAAGAAGAAAAUAAAUGUUUUGAAGAGUUUAGGAUGGUCCGAGAAGGAGAUUUUUACAGCAUUUAAGAAAGAUCCAAAUUAUUUAGCUUGUUCAGUGGAGAAAAUGAGGGAUGUUGCAGAUUUCUGUUUCAACACUGCAAAUUUGGAUCCAGAAACUGUAAUCUUUUACCCUAAGUUAUUCAUUGGUGCACUGGACAACCGUCUCCGACCAAGGUACAGAGUUCUUGAGAUUUUGAAGGCUAAAAAUCUUCUUAAGAACAAAAAGAUUGCUUGGAUGCUUGUAAUAGAGGAGAAAAGAUUUGUGAAGACUUGUAUUCUUAAGCAUUUAGAUGAAAUCCCAAAUCUUAUGGAUGUAUACCGGGGCAAUGUCGCAGCCGAAACCAGAUCUGUUUAA